AUGGGUUCGCCUAUUAACAUCACCUCCAAGGAGCAAUUCAACAAUCUCCUCAGCUCCUCCACCUUCGUGGUCGCAGACUUUCACGCCCAGUGGUGCGGACCAUGCCAUGCAAUCGCCCCUGUCUACGAACAGCUAUCCGCCCAGCUCUCGCGUCCGAACCGGAUCGCGUUCACGAAGAUCGAUGUUGACCAGCAGCAAGAGAUCGCCAAGGCAUACGGCGUUACAGCGUACGUCUCCGUCGAACAAUCUACAUAUAAAUGGGUUACUGCGUCGUUUAAGGAUGUCAAAGCUAAUCCUGCUAGGAUGCCCACAUUCAUCGUUUUCGAGCGCGGCCGUCCUACAAACACCAUCCGCGGCGCCGACCCCUCGAAACUGAACCAAGUGAUCCGAAAGCUCGCCACCGAAGCCAGCAAGAGCGAGGCCUCAGGAGGCUCCGCCGAAGGUUCUUCCUCUGGCGCCACAUGGAUCGGAGCCGCAACCCCGAAAGGCUACAGCGACAUCACGGAGGAAUAUGACGUGAAGGGCCUGGAACUGCUCAACCGUGACAGCGACUUCGGUACGGCCAGGACACUACUCGAGCCGUCCAAGCCUUCUGCGCUCGGAAACGGCAAGGGCAAGGAUGGCGGUUCGGACUGGGUUGAGAGUGACACCGACGAGCAGCUGAUGCUCUUCAUUCCGUUCAAGUCUACGCUCAAGGUCCACUCGCUGCAAAUCACUUCCCUUCCGCCUUCUGAGGGUGAGGACGACGAGGUUCCGAUGCGACCCAAGACGAUUCACCUUUACACCAACCGCUCGCAUGUGCUUGGGUUUGACGAGGCGGACGACAUUCCUCCUGUGCAGGCGGUGACGCUCGAGGCUGGGGACUGGGAUCCUAAGACGGGAACGGCCAAGAUUGACUUGCGAUUUGUGAAGUUCCAAAGUGUCUUCUCAUUGAACAUUUUCGUUGUGGACGGCGACGGCGAUGGGGAGAAGACGCGUGUGGACAGGAUCCGCAUCUUUGGCGAGGCCGGCGAGAAGAGAGAGAUGGGCAAGCUGGAGAAGAUUGGCGAUGAUCAGGGCGAAUAG